AUGUUUCAGUUGAAGGAUGUAUUCUACGACCUAGUCGACUCCCUGCUGUGGCUGUUUCCGACAAUGGCGAAUCUCAGGAAUGUUUGGCUGCAAGCCGCAGCUUUCACGGCUGGAUUUCUUCGCACAGCGAAGGGGGAUAGUUUGAAAGACAUUGAUCAUGUUGUGCUGUUUAUGCAAGAAAACCGUGCUUUUGACCAUUAUUUCGGCACAAUGGCGGGCGUCCGGGGUUUCAACGACGCAAACCUUCAAAUGAACAACGGUAUUCCUGUUUGGAAACAAAAGACAUCACCAGAACUCACUAAUAGCACCGACUAUCUAAUGCCUUGGUAUCUCAACUAUCUUAGAGGAAACUGGUCUGAGGCUACACAAUGCAUGCUGGCAGGCAGUAAUGGCUGGUACCAGAACCACGCGGCGUGGAAUGGGGGAACAAACGAUCAUUGGGCUCUCAACAACACACCCUAUAGCAUUGGGUACUACAAGAGGGACGACUUGCCUAUUCAGUGGUCAUUGGCUGAGAAUUGGGUAGUCGGUGACAUGUAUCAGGAAUCCGUAGUUGCGUCAACUAGCCCAAAUCGAGUUGUGUGGUUAAGCGGCUCCAUCAACGUGCCUGGUGGCAAUCUCAGUCCAGAUUUAGGCGGCAAUCCUUACAUAGACAACUACGAAACUCCCGGAUGUGACGAAAAUGGCAUCAACUGCUAUCCACUCAAAUGGAAGACGGCACCCGAGUACUACGAAGCUGCAGGUACAUCUUGGCAGUUAUACCAAGACGGCACUGACGACUACAACAAUUUCGACGACAACCCGCUUGCCUGGUUCAAGCAGUUCCAAGACGCCGAGAAAGGGUCCAACUUGAAUACGAAAGGCAUGCAAGGUCGCCAGCUGCAAGAGUUCUACGACCGGGCUGCCAAUGGAACACUCCCAGAGGUUUCCAUCAUCAUUGGAUAUAGAGAACUUGCAGAGCAUCCGCCGUACUCACCCCAUGACGGAGCCUGGUUGGAAAGAAAGAUUUCCGAAGCGGUAAUCAAGUCCCCAAAGUACAAUCGAACGGCAUUGAUUAUUUCUUUCGACGAGACUGGCGGCUGGUUCGACCACGUAGAUCCUUAUAGGUCGCCAAACGGCACAGCUGGCGAGUGGUACAAUGACAAGAAUGGAAUUGGAUAUACAUUCACAGGACCUGGUUUCCGAGUCCCAUUUUAUAUUAUUUCUCCGUGGACAAGAAAGGGGGGUGUCUACGUGGAGCAUGCGGAUCAUACGUCUCAGAUGCAAUUCAUUGAAAAGUGGCAGGCAGCCAAGUCUCGCGAUGUCAAGUCCAAUGAAAUGGUCCCCUGGCGGAGAGACAACAUGGGCGAUCUGUUGGGGGCAUUCGAUUUUGAAAAUCCCGACUAUAGCAUCCCUGAUCUACCCGCAGCUGCAGAACCACACAGGGAUAGUGACGGCAAGUUUGACGGAGCAUCGCAUUGCAAAGGGUUGUAUCCGAGUCCUCAGCCUCCCGUGCCUUACUCUGGAGACGGCGCAACCAACGACAUGCCUGGCCUGGUUGAGCAUGGGUUCAAGCCUAUUCGAGGAAAACUGACGGAGGGACGACAUCUAGUCUUCGAGAUGAAGGGCUAUGCCCUCACCCUUGGUGACAAGGCUACAACUAGCAAAGCAUCUGAGGAUCAUAACUCAGAAAAUCAGCGUUGGAUCGUGCAUGUCGAAGAGCUGGGUGGGACAGAGUUCAAGAUGUCUGGCAGUGGAGAUGGGAGGUAUGUCUGUGCAGAUCUGAAGAUGUGCGACAAAAAGAGCGAUGCGGCCGUGUUUGAGGUCAGCUUCAAGGGCAGUGAGGGAUACAGUCUGAAAGUGAAGAAUGGAGGCAAGUAUUUGGCCAUUACAAAGCAGGGCGAGCUGGUAUUACAAAGUAUGAGUUCGUAUUGGAGCGUAUUCAGCGUCAAUUACUAA